UAACAGAUGUCAUGUCCACAGCCAGGAGAGAAUGAGAUGAUCUGACUUACAGAGCUGGCUGAGUCAUUGCAGACUACAGGGCUCACCUCCAUGAACAUCAGAGCAAUUUAAGCAACACUGAAGGAGUCCCUGUGCUGUCCAUAACUGCUGUGGCCCAGGAGAGAAGGAAGAACAUAAGACAGCCUGAAGGCUGAAAGUCAAGAUGGACAGCAGCCCACCAGGGACAAGCACAGAUCUGGGUUGCUGAGUCGGGGAAAACCCUAUCAGGGAGGAGUGCCACUGAUGGACAUAGAUCCUACAUAACGGUUUCUUUGGGCCAUGUCACUGGCGGCAUCAGUGAGAGGGAUUACCUCCAUUCUGUCUUCUCUACAGAUAACAUCUCACACCUUGCCUGCUCAGCAGUUGGACUUGGGUCUGAAAUUAGUGCAAGGACACCCGUCUGUCAAAGUAGGGAUCUUGGUGCUAUUAAUUUUUCUCCCAAGUACAUUCUGUGACAUAGGAUCUAUAUAUUACUCGUCCUAUGAAACGGUCAUCCCCAAGAGACUGCCUGUGGAGAGGAGCGAAGACCCCGGAGGGACGGUGUCCUACAUGCUGUUGAUGCAGGGCCAGCAGCAGCGGCUUCUCCUAAAGGUAAAGGGAGACUACUCUGUGAAGAACUUCCCAGUCUACAGUUACCACAGGGGCAUCCUGGGGCAAGAAAUGCCUCUCCUCUCACGGGACUGUCACUAUGAAGGCUACAUGGAAGGGGUGCCAGGCUCUUUUGUAUCUGUCAACAUCUGUUCCGGCCUCAGGGGCAUCCUGAUUAAGGAGGAAACAUCCUACAGCAUCAAGCCUCUGCUCUCUUCCAAAGGGUGUGAACACAUUCUGUACACUGUGGCACAACAGCCUCACGCCUCCUGCAGCGUCACUCCCAAAGGCAGCUCAGGGGACACCAGCCAGGAACAAAGGAACAGGGAGCCCGAUGACCCGUGGAAGCUGUCUGACUUGAGGUCACACACCAAGUACGUGGAGAUGUUUAUCGUGGUCAACCACCAGCGUUUUCAGAUGUGGGGCAGCAGCGUCAACCAGACGGUCCGGGCGGUAGUGGACAUCAUUGCUCUGGUCAACAGCUUCACCAGGGGACUAAACACAGAGGUGGUGCUGGUGGGCAUGGAGAUCUGGACAGAGGGGGACCUGAUAGAGACCCCGGUGGACCUGCAGGCUACCCUGAGGAACUUCAACCGCUGGAGACAGGAGAAGCUCGUGGACCGGCUCAGGCACGAUGUUGCACACUUGAUCGUCGGGCAUCACCCAGGAGAGAACGAGGGCCAGGCGUUUCUCGACGGUGCCUGUUCAGACGGGUUUGCAGCAGCUGUGGAGGCCUUCCACCAUGAAGAUGUCCUGCUGUUUGCGGCGCUGAUGGCCCAUGAGCUGGGGCACAACCUGGGUAUCAGGCACGACCACCCGGCCUGCGUCUGUGACCAUAAGCACUUCUGCCUCAUGCACGAGAAUAUCACCAAGGGCGGCAGCUUCAGCAACUGCAGCUCUGAUGACUUCUACCGUUUCCUCCAUGACCACAGAGGGGCCUGCCUGCUUGACAGGCCUUGGCACCAAAGCCGUAGUCGCAGAGCUACCAAAUGUGGAAACGGUGUGGUGGAGGAUUGGGAGGAGUGUGACUGUGGUCCUGCUUGUGACCAUCACCCAUGCUGUGAUCCAACUUGUACACUGAAGGACGGUGCAGAGUGUAGUGACGGACUCUGCUGCUACAAAUGUCACUUAAAAAAGAAAGGGGUCUUAUGUCGUCCUGUUGAGGAUGUGUGUGACCUGCCCGAGUACUGUAAUGGCAGUUCUCAAGAAUGCCCUGCAAACAGCUACAAGCAGGAUGGCACACUGUGUGAUAGGAUUUAUUACUGCUCUGGGGGUUGGUGUAAGAACCCUGAUAAGCAAUGCACAAAGAUAUAUGGGUAUCCUGCAAGAUCAGCCCCUGAUGACUGUUACAUCUUAAUGAACACCAAAGGGGACCGGUUUGGAAACUGUGGCCAUCCCACCACAGCUAACUCACGAUACGAAACAUGUUCCGAUGAGGAUGUAUUUUGUGGGAAGCUGGUAUGUACAGGAGUUAGCCACUUGCCGCAAGUGAGACCCCAACACACAUUGCUCCAGGUCCCUUAUGGAGAUGAUUGGUGCUGGAGCAUGGAUGCCUAUAACAUCACCGACGUCCCUGACUUUGGAGACGUGCAGAGUGGCACUUACUGUGCCCCAAACAAAGUCUGCAUGGAGUACUAUUGCAUUGACCACACAGUGCUCCAGUACAACUGUGAGCCAGAGGAAAUGUGUCACGGGAAAGGAGUGUGUAACAAUCUCAGGCACUGUCAUUGUGAUGAUGGUUUUGCCCCUCCUGAUUGCAGCAGCCCAGGAAAUGGGGGGAGUGUGGACAGUGGUCCUGUUAGUAAGCCAGCUGAUCAAAACUUGAGUUUAUUUUUAGUUCUCGACCAUAACAAGCCUAAGAUGGAAGAUGAAGAUGUAAACAUGAAAGUGGUGGUGCUUGUGGUCCCUAUAUUUCUUGUCCUUUUACUGUGUGCUCUAAUGCUGAUCACCUACCUCUGGUCCGAAGUACUAGAAGCAGUAUCUCCAGGGAGUUCAUCAUCCUCUUCAACAGAAACCUCAGAUGCUGCAGCAGCCCAGCCCCGUGAGGGUACAGCUCAGCCCUAUGGGUGGGCUCCACCCCACUGAAAUGUAUUUAAGAUCUCGUGGAUCGCUGAUACUGAUCUUGUAUCUGCAGGGCAGUUUUGAGAAGUGGUUUGCAGGGUAUGCUGCAUCUGAACAGUUUAGUGUAAUGUGUUAUCUGUACUUGUGUUGCUCAACUCAGUAACAGCUGCUCUUAUAUCAUGAAUGUUUUUAUAGGAUCUGAAUGUUCUAACUUGCCCUGUCAGCUACUGUUCAUAAAAUUGAGGUGGUUUUAAAUAAAUAUGAGUAAGAAGGUC